AUGGCCGGGCCGAAGACACUGCGACCCGUUCUUUGUGCUUUUGUUAUGCUACUGGCAGCAAGAGCUAAGAAGGGUGUCGCGAUGGCUGGUGCCAUCUUUGCUUCGUUCCUCACAUGGCUGGUCACUCGAUCAGGAACUAUUUCUCCACAGCCGUGGUACUUCAACUUCAUCAGCACAUGGGUCAAGGACUUUUAUACCGAGACGGGCCUUCGGGGUGCCUUGCACGACAUACGGCCCGCAAAGAGCUUCUUGGGCUUCCACCCACAUGGAUGCCUAUGUGCUGGGUUCACGAUCAAUGGCACCUACAACCCAGAUUUCAUGCGGGCUGCCACUCGAGUGGCAUGGCUGUGUGACAACAAUCUCAGGCAUAAAAACCCUGGCUUUCAGCUGAUGAGUGAGGCCUACCAGGCUGAG